AAUAACAUAUAAUCGUAAUAGUUAAGUAAUUGCAAUCAUGUCCACUUUACUCAGAAAUCGCUCUACCAAGCGAUCAAUCAAAUUUAUGGAUAUUCCCAAUGAGGAACAUGUCACGUACUUUAAGGCCUGGCUACGCCGCAGCCAACUCGAUUCAUCCUUCAUGCGAAACUCUUUCCAGUUCGAUAGUAUAGUGGACAAAAACUCCGUGUUUAAGCGUUAUGAGCCAAAAGGAGAUGACUGUGAUGUAUUGCAGAUCGAUCCCAGCUACAGCAGAUUCAAGAUACCAUACGAAAUGGUUUGCAAGAUACGCUAUAAUGAGGAUAAGAAGAGGUAUGAUGAGCAAUUCCACAGCGAAAUUCAACAGCUUGUUGACAGCCAAACAUCGGCGAUUGAGGCUUCCUAUAUGGUUCGCGUCAUGGCAUACACGACCUUGUGGCCUCCUUAUCACAACCGCCGGGAGCUGCAGCGCACUAGCGAAAAAUUUUAUCAGUUGAAUAAAAAGGAGAGAAAACGCUUAAAGAAAAUCAUGGCUGAAAACAUAUAAAUUAUAAGUGCAUUGUAAUUAAUUUGUAGGAAAAUGUUUGAAGUGCAUUUCAAUAAAUGGAAGCAUUGCUCUAUAA